UUCACUUUGCCAUCAAUUCGACGAAUUCGACCGCUUUGACGCUGUAGUUCUCUGUUUUACUAAUUUCAACAUUUUGGGAUUUUGUAAUACAAUUUACAAUUUGUGCAUCACAUUUACCAACAUUUCAGUGCAAUGGCUCUUCGUGCGCAAUUCGAAAACAAUGACGAUAUCGGCGUUUUCAGUAAGCUGACAAAUUCCUACUGUUUGGUUGCAAUUGGUGGAUCGGAAGCAUUCUAUAGCGUCUUCGAAUCAGAACUCGCCGAAACGAUUCCAGUAGUUCACGCCAGUAUAGCCGGGUGUCGGAUCAUCGGUCGGUUAUCGGUAGCAAACAAGAACGGACUCAUCGUACCUGGCAGCACCACAGACGUUGAACUGCAGCACCUGCGAAACUCGCUGCCUGACUCGGUUAAGAUUCAACGCGUCGAAGAGCGCCUGUCGGCCCUAGGAAAUGUUAUCGCCUGUAACGAUUACGUGGCGCUUGUUCACCCGGACAUUGACCGAGAAACCGAAGAGAUUAUAGGCGAUGUGCUCGGAGUAGAAGUCUAUCGACAGACGCUGGCAAAUAACGUACUGGUGGGGGCGUAUUCUGUGUUGAGCAACCAAGGCGGAUUGGUUCACCCGAAAACACCUACCUCAGAGCUUGAUGAGCUGGCGUCGCUUCUGCAGAUUCCGCUGGUGGCUGGAACGGUUAAUCGAGGCUCAGAAGUUCUUGCCGGUGGUGUUGUCGUUAACGAUUGGUGCGCUUUUUGCGGAAUGAGUACCACGUCUACCGAACUGUCGGUGGUUGAGAGUGUGUUCAAAUUGAAUGAAGCACAACCUGCCGGAGUGACAAACAAUUUACGAGCAUCCUUGAUUGAGGCGAUGUCGUAAGCAAAUGUUUCAGGAUGUUUACAAGGUGGGUAAAAUUAAACUUUAUAUAAUACUGCAGGAUCUAGCGGGGAAUGUAAAAUAAUAUAAAAUUCUAGAACGUA